AUGAGUUCAUAUCAAACUGCAAGGCUGGCGCAAAAUGCAAUGCAUGAGAAUGGUCACGCUAUCAACAAUACAACGACAAAAAGUGGGCAUAAUAACAGCAAUACUACAUCAAAAGAGAACUCAUUGCCUCCAAGUCAAUCAAGUAAUGACAUGGAGGAAGAAGACGAGCUUUCAAGUGAAGACCGUCAAAGUCCAGAUAAGUCCACAGAUUUAAGUUUUGCAUCUGUUCAACGAAACUCGCCACUGCCCAAACAAGCAAUAGAGUCGGUAACUUCAACGGAGUCUUUGGCAUCGCGGCAACAACAGCCACUCACCAAUCGCACUGCACCAUCAGCGAGCAAAUCUACUGAAUCCUCAACUCGAAAAAAAGCCAUUCCAGCCGAUUCAUCUAAGCCCCUGUCUGAAGAUCCGCUUCUGCUUCCCCUUCCGCAGCAUUUUGUUGCAGAGGAGUCGCCAGAAAGCUCCCCAGAUCCAAUUUUAGGGUUGAGUUCCUGCAAGCAGUCCCCUACCGAUGACAUCAAUACCAUAUUCCUUAGAUUAAGUAAUGCCACAGUCAACACCAAAAGAGUUGACGAUUUGCUCCUUGAGCAUCAGAUAUCAAUCUUACUUAAGUCAUCACCCUUGGACACUGAGGAGUAUGCCAACCACUUGUACAAAAUUGCCAACGUCUUGUAUGAAGCUAAAUAUGAUCCCAAACAUACCACAGCAUUGCACGACAAGUACACCGGAUUGCUCAAUAUUGUUGAGGAAUUUGUCAACUUUAAUGACCCGUUAAGGUCGCAACUUUACCUCGUCGUUGAGCGAGAUUUUGAGAUUAUGAUGAAGAUUUCCACGAGCUACAAAUCGCUUGACAUUUCAACUGCAACUAUACGAUUCUUAACCACCGUUUUCAUGAAUUUGAAUUAUUGGGAAUUGUUCAACUUGUUGAAUUGGAAGCCAGUACUUUACCAUUUCUUGAAUCUAAUUGGAUUAGACAUUCAUGAAUGCUAUCAGAAGUUCAUCAAUGACUACGAGUAUUUCUCCUAUGAUCAUGUGAAACAGCCACUAGCAUUACCCAGGUCGAGAGUUAGGACAAGAAAGAGAAAAAUCAGAAAAAUGAUUGACGAACUGCAAAUGACGGCCGAGGAGAAGGAACGCACCCAACGUUUCUUUUCAUUGAACCCUGAUACUGCCGACCACGAUAAAUACGUCGCUGAUAUUGUAUCAGGAGCAAACAAACAAAAGAGGUCGUUUAGACCUGAUGUCAAGCUUGAACACCACAAGAUUAUCAAAAAGCCAAUCAAUGCAACUACGUACGACAGAGUGGCGGGCAAGUCGUCCAAUUACGACCCUGACGUUGUCCAUGAAUGCCAAUUGCCUUCAGCUGAAGUGCCUCAUAAGCUAUGCUUGAGACGAUUCUCAAGAAAAUACGAGCUCAUUCGUCAUCAAGAAACAGUUCAUUCGAAAAAGAAGAAAUUAUUCAAAUGUUAUGUAUGUGUGAAACAAAACCCUGGCGUUGGUCCCAGAAUCUUUACUCGUCAUGAUACCUUGGCCAAACAUAUCAGAGUCAAUCAUGAAAUAUUUGGUAAAGAGGCGAAGGCUGAAGUUGCGUACUCGAAAAAACAUGCAGAAGUUGUCGAGGAAGGUGAUAUAACUGUACAUGUGGGAAGACGAAAGACGAAAGUGGAUUUCGAGUUGAGAGCACAUAUGGGUAAAACUGGAGGUAUAGGUGAGGUUGACGGUGUUGGUGAUGGUGAUGGCGUUGGUGAUGGCGUUGGCGAUGGCGAUGGCGAGGCUGAGGGAGAAGAUGGAGAAGGUGGCAGUGGAAGACGAACUGGAAGAGGAUCAAAUACUUCUUUUGGUGGUUAUUUGGAAACUAGUGAUUUGGAAUCUGGAGAUGAGGAGGUUGUGUUUAACAAUCAGCAGGUACCUAAGCAGGUGUCGUUAGACUCUGCAAAUGCCAAAUCGUAUUGUUGA